AUGCAAUCUAAGGAGUAUUUCGUCAAGUUGGAUUCUGCGCAGUUAGCAGGCUGUUUGGGUGUGUUAGAAGGCGCCUUGGCAUCAGAAUGGUCGGCAGGUGAUCGUAGCCGAUAUGCGUCGGUGUUGUUGCAUAGAUCGUUGGUGUUCGUUCGUAUGGGUAUAUACGAUAACGCGGAGAAAGAGUUGUGUCAACUGUUGGAGUUGUUUGGUUGGGAAGGAUUGUGUGGUGUGCGGUCAUUUCUAAGAUUGACUGAGCUGUAUGCUCAGGGGUUCCACUGGCUACCAUGUCCACCUACCCCAGUGUUAUUUGAAACACCUGCCGCCGUGCUUACUACCGCCGUCCUGCUCCAAGCUGAAGUACGUCGGUCCACAUCUCACUCGCUUGAAGCGAUCGAUCUUCUCUCCGCCUAUGCCACCUUCUGCAAAACCUUCCCCACUAUACCCUGGAGCAAGUUAUGCCCUAAUGUUUCACAAACGGUGGUCCUACACUGGGCUGCCGCAGUCCCACUACCCACUGUCGCCGCCAUCUGUGAAAUACGCGCAUCCCAUAUCACUCUCGCCGCCACUGACAGCAUCGCAACCGCACUCGAAUAUCUCGCACAACGCAACGAACCCCGUCCCGCCAUUGGCAUUGCCGGCAUGGGCCCUAUCGUCGCUAGCCCCAUUGGGAGCGGCCCCAUUGGGAGCGGCCCCAUGGGGGGCGGCCCCAUGGGGGGACCUUUAGGGGGACUCGGUUCCAGCUCCAUGAAACCCAUCGGCAGCCUUGGCUCCGGCUCCAUGGGGGGGUUUAUAGGAAACCUUGGCUCCAGCUCCAUCAGGGGCUCUGGCCCCAUCGGGGGCUCUGCGCCGUUGCCGGGGUCGUUGUUGAUGCUGUUGAAGUACUUUGCGGACUUGGGUGACCGCGAACAGUGUCUGAAAUUGCACCGGCAGCUGGAGGUAAAUUUCCCGCGUGCGGCCAAGGUGAGCAAGGCCGUGGUGGAGCAAGCGGCUUCGAGCCCACAAGGACACCUGCAAUGCGGGAAGGCGGCGGAAGCGUUGACCGAGGGAAGCGAGUUGUCUCUGGGAGCGCGAACACUCAUCAUAGUAACGCAGAAGUGUAACGGUGUAGUGUCGCUCUGCACGAACUCACUCGACCUGCCGGGCGCGGUGGAACUAUCCUGGCGCGGUGUCAGCGACGUACUUAACGCCGGAAUCUCCAAAGAGAGCCCUAAGCAACAGUUGCCUAACAUUACCGUCUUGGAUAGCACCACCCGCAAACUUGCUGUCCUAGUGCCCACUCUCAUACGCAACACACGACUACUCAACAAGCUUCUUCCCGCUCGUACCUCGAAAGACACUUUGUUGCGACAACUCAUUACCGAGGCCGGCUACGGCGACAAAGAAGUAAUCCUCAACGCGUUCGCCUACUUCUAA